AUGGAGACGGCACAGGACCAUGCGAAGAAGCGGAAGCGAAAGCACAAAAGCUCUGAAGGGAAGAGCGCAAAGCCGCACCAGCAAGAGCCAGAGGCGGUAGAAGCAGAAACACAAACGCCUACCAAGAAGCAGAAAGUCGACCAGCACGACGACGAUAGCGAACAUGCUGAGAUUGAGAAUGGCGUUGGGACCGGAAAGGAUGUACCCGCCCUGCCAUCCGCGGAUACAAUGGCUCUGCCUACACAGGAGGCCGUGUCGAAUAAAUUCAGCGACCUUUCGCUUUCAGAACCGACGGUCAAGGCGAUUUCCGGCAUGGGCUUUACGACCAUGACUGAGAUACAGCAGCGAGGUAUCCCGCCUUCGUUGGCGGGCAGGGAUAUACUGGGUGCAGCGAAGACGGGGUCAGGAAAGACGUUGGCGUUUUUGAUACCUGCCGUGGAGAUAUUGCGGUCGUUGAAAUUCAAGCCUAGAAAUGGGACUGGCGCGCUUAUUAUUACGCCGACGCGAGAGCUGGCGCUACAGAUCUUUGGCGUUGCGAGGGAGCUGAUGGAGCACCAUUCGCAGACGUAUGGGGUGGUGAUUGGUGGUGCGAACAGGCGUGCUGAGGCGGAGAAGCUGAAUAAGGGGGUUAAUGUGCUGAUUGGGACACCCGGGCGGCUGCUGGACCAUCUGCGGUCGACGGAGGGGUUUGUCUUUAAGAACCUGAAGACUCUUGUCAUUGACGAGGCGGACAGAAUUCUGGAGGUCGGAUUCGAAGACGAGCUACGACAAAUCAUAUCCAUCCUGCCCAAGGAGGACAGACAGACGAUGCUGUUCUCCGCAACGCAGACGACCAAAGUGGAGGAUCUCGCACGCAUAUCCCUGAAGCCCGGCCCGCUGUACAUCAACGUCGACCACAAGAAGGAGCACAGCACGGUGGACGGGGUCGAGCAAGGCUUUAUAAUCUGCGAAGCGCACAAGCGGUUCCUGCUACUGUUCUCGUUUCUGAAGAAAAACGCCAAGAAGAAGAUCAUCGUCUUCUUUUCCAGCUGCAACUCAGUCAAGUACUACUCUGAGCUGCUGAAUUACAUCGAUUUGCCGGUGCUCAGUCUGCACGGCAAGCUGAAGCAGCAGAAGCGAACGAACACGUUCUUUGAGUUCUGCAACUCGGCGCAGGGCACGCUUAUUUGUACCGACGUUGCUGCGAGAGGCCUGGAUAUCCCGGCAGUCGACUACAUUGUGCAACUUGACCCGCCAGACGACCCGCGAGACUAUAUCCACAGAGUCGGCCGAACGGCCCGAGGCAAGGGCAAGGUCGGACGAAGCUUGAUGUUCCUGCAGCCGUCGGAGGUAGGCUUCAUCAACCAUCUGAGAGAGGCGCGGGUGCCUGUGGUGGAGUUUGAGUUUCCUACCAAGCACAUUAUCAACAUCCAGUCGCAGCUGGAGAAGCUGAUCAGCCAGAACUACUACCUCAACCAGUCUGCGAAAGAAGGGUACCGGUCGUAUCUGCAUGCGUAUGCAUCGCACUCCCUGCGGUCUGUGUUUGACGUGAACAAGCUGGACCUGGUCAAGGUGGCCAAGAGCUAUGGCUUUACCACGCCGCCGCGGGUGGACAUUACGCUGGGAGCGAGCAUGAGCCGGGACAAGAAGGUGCAGGCACGACGGACGUAUGGCAGCCAGCCGAAGGGCGCGAGAUUCAAGCGAAAGCACGACGAUUAA